AUGCUUAAACCUCCCCCAGCACUAUCACCAGAAAUUAAAAUAUUUUUGGAUUUAAAGGUUCAAAUCCCGCAUCUUGUGGAGGAUUUAAGAGAUACAAAUAAAGCAGCCAAUGCAUCUUUAAAUAUAAAUGGCCAAUUUAUACCAGGAGCUCGAGUGGGUCAAAAAGCGGUUCUCAUUGGAAAAAAAUUAUAUUUUACAGGAGGACGUAAUUUUGACAAGGAAACAGGACUUAUAAGUGACCUUUUUUAUUAUGAUUUUGGAGCAGGAUUAAGCGAUGCGAAAUUGGUAGAUCUAAGAAGUCAGGAAGGAAUAAAAAUGAACUUACCAUACAUGAUAUGGCACACAGCUAAUAUAGGAGGCACUAAUCAAGACUCAAUAUUUAUGUUAGGAGGUUUAGGAACUGUAGAGUCAAGUAAUAAUUUAGUAUAUCAAUUUGAUACAAAUACCAAUGCAACAAGUAUGCCAAUAAUUCAAGGAAUAACUCCACCAAGACGUGAAGAUAUGGAUACUGUUAGUUACGGAGGGAAAAUUUACAUAUUUAGUGGACGAAUGGAAGGUGUUAAUGAUGAAAUAUAUUAUGAUAAUUUUGAUAUUUUGGAUACUGUUAACUUGGUUUGGAAUGUCGGUAGUCCAGUAAAUGCUCCUCUUCCUAGAUUCCUUUAUACGGCAACGUUAGUUAAUGGAGUUAUUUAUUAUAUUGGUGGUGUACGAAAGAGUGCAGUUAGUAAUAUAAGUUAUAGUGUUUUAAUGUCCAACAUUUACCUAUACGAUAUUGCCACAAAUACAUGGUCUCUUAAGGAAAUUACAGUAGGAAAUAUCCCAGAACCCAGGUUUGGUCACUCAGCUGUCUUAGUUGGUGACAAAAUUUGCAUAUACGGAGGAUUAAAUCCUAAUGGUGUAGUUGACGCUCCUGCAAUGCCAACAAUUGCUCUAUUGGAUACUAAUACUUUUAUAUGGUCAACGCCCCAACUUGAAAAUAUUAAUACACCAAAACUUAUUGAUAAUAAUGUACCAAACCUUCUUUAUCAUACUGCUACAUUAAUAUAUGACAACCUAAUGUUUGUCACUUUCGGAAAUCUCACUGCUUAUUCUCUGCCGCGAACGAUCAACAGAUACUAUUAUAUAUUUAAUUUUGGACAACCAAAAGUUCAAUGGUUUAGAAUUGAACAAAAUGAUAUAGGAAAUCCCAACGCUAACAUUCCUAUCAAUCCUAAAACUCCUAAUUCUAUUACUCCUAAGACUCCACCUUCUACUACUAGUUCCGGAAAUGCAGCAAAUACAUCAGCAAAAUCAACAGCAGCACCUGCAACUUCUAGUUCAGAUCAAAAAUCUUUAGGAAAUCCAGUAAUCAUUGGUUUAUCAAUCGGAUUGGCGGCAAUUGGAUUAGGAACAAUUGUAGCAUUUUCAUUAAUUUAUAGAAAUUCGAAAAAAAAUCAAAAUUCUGCAACGGGAGGAGCUUCAGGUGCCUUGGACACUUCUACUGGCAGUGUUAUGCUUCAAAUUCCAAGUAAUUUACAACAUUCUCCUACUCCCGCUUUACAUAGAUAUUCUCCUGGGCAAGAAUAUUAUUCUUCUUUACCAUUAUCACAACAAGAAAGGUAUUCUCAACGUUCUUCAAAUUAUUCUCCAGGAAGUGAAACUCCACCUAUUUAA